AAUUUUUAUUUGAAAGUGGACUAAUCCUUUAAGCUACCUUUUCAUGCUAAAAUGCUAAACACUUUUAUCUUCUUUACUGUGAGUCAAUUAAUUCAUUUGCAUUAAUUAUUAUUUUUGGAACAGAUAAGGGGCUAAACAGACACCUUAACUAAUGCCAACCUGUGGUAGUUUUAUAAUCUGACCUAAACAGUAUCAAAUUGACAUUCUUGACAAAGAGAAGAUCUUCCAACAGUUUACAUAAAAUUUGUGUAUUGUUGUUUUUUACAUAUUUUGUUAUAUUACACAUAAUUGACAUAUGAAACAAAAUAUCUAGACUCUUAAUGUCUACAAAACUUCUGGAUUUUUAUAUUUUUCUCACUUAAGAUAUGCAAAUGAAAUAAAUUCUUUAGGCUUCAUAAUUUUCCUGAAAAUCUUGUGUUUGUUUUAACUUUGAGUAUCCAUUGCAUAUUAAAAUGGUAUGUUGUAACUGAAAUGAAAAUUGACUAUUAACCAACACUCUUGGUCCCCCCCACACUUCAGACCAGAGUUGCACCUCUGCUUGAGUGCAUCAUUAAAUGGUUGCAAGAAAAGUACAAAGAACUUCAAUAGAGUGUUCAAAUAAGAGCAGUGGUGAGACCCCUGAUCAUAAACUGAUCUCUCAUAGGGGCUUCAACUUGAUAUCUGGAAUCCACUCUCCUGAGGUGGUGGAUAAAAUUCAGAACUUUGAGAUUCGAGACUCCGAUGUCUUUGUCAUUACUUACCCCAAAUCAGGCACUAUUUGGAUGCAGCAAAUCCUUAGUCUAAUAGAGGUCAAGGGAGAUGUUACAGCAACAAGUAAUCAGCUGAAUUCUGAGCGCAUGCCAUGGAUUGAGGUUUCAGACUCUGAGAAACAGUUUGUUUCUGCCCCCUCCCCUAGAUUCCGUGUGUCUCAUUUGUCAUACAAAUUCAUGCCACUUGAACUGAAACAAAAGAAGGGCAAGGUCAUCUAUGUGGCCAGAAAUCCAAAGGAUGUUUUGGUGUCCUACUACCAUUUUCACAAAUAUGCAAACAUGCUGGAGACCCCAAAAGACUUUGAUGAUUUUUUUGAGAAAUUCAUGAAAGGAAAUGUUUAUGGUAAUUGCUGGUUUGAGCAUGUCAAGAACUGGUACUCCCACAAAGACGAGAUGAACUUCUUGUACAUUACAUAUGAGGAGAUGAUCAAGGACUUGCGGUCAGUGGUUGAAAGAAUCACUUCGUUCUUGGGGAGGGACUUGACACCACAGCAGUUGAAUGAGGUUGUUGAGCACAGUACUUUCAAAAAUAUGAAGAACAAUCCUCAGGCCAAUUACCAGCUGGUCUCUAUCACCAUGCUGAACCACGAGCAGGGAGCAUUUAUGAGGAAAGGAAUCAUUGGUGACUGGAGGAACUACUUCACUGUGGCACAGAAUGAGAGAUUUGACGAAGCGUACCAACAGAAAAUGAAAGAUGUUCCUCUUUCAUUCAUCUGGGACAUGAAUGAUCCCAUCACAUCAUGAUUUUUUAUUCAGUUUUUUCAUGUGUACCCAGCAGAUGACAUCUAAGUUCUAAAGCUAGCUCUAAAACAAUUAUUUUAUUAACAGAUUUUAUAGGCAACUUUACACCAUAAAUUCAGCAGAUUAACAGUUCAAUAUAGCUUAAAGGGUUAGUUCACCCAAAAAUGAAAAUUCUGUCAUCAUUUACUCACCCUCAUGUCGUUCCAAACCCGUAAGACUUUUGUUCAUGUUCAAAACACAGAUGAAGAUAUUUUUAAUGAAAUCUGAGAGAUUUCUGUCCCUCCAUUGACAGUCUACCCAACUACCACUUUGACACUUUAAAAAGUUCAUAAAGAGAUCGUAAAACUAAUCCAUAUGUAUUGAGCGGGUAAGUCUAAAUUUUAUGAAGAGACACGAUCGCAUUGUAUGACGAACAGAUUUAAUUUAGGAUUUUAUUCACAUAUAAACAAUGAUCAGCAAACAUAAACAGAAGCUCAACCAUAACAGUUUGACACACGAAAACAAACCUCAGUGGUUCUUGCGGAAGCUCAAAUGUGCUGCGUAACACGAGAAUGAACCUCAUUGGUUCUUGCACGCAUCAAGCAAACAUGCUUGAGCUUCCGUUUACCAUAACUGAUGUGAGUGUCGAUGAAUGUUUAUAUGUGAAUAAAAGCCUAAAUUCAACCUGUUCAUCAUAUAAAGCGAUCUUGUCUUUUCAGAAAAUUUGGACUAAACCACGCAAUUCAUAUGGAUUAGUUUUACAAUCUCUUUAUGAACUUUUGGAAGUGUCAAAGUGAUAGUUACAUAGACUGUCAAUGGAGAAAUCUCAGAUUUCAUUAAAAAUACCUUCAUUUGUGUUUCUUACAGGUUUGGAACGACAUGAUUAUUUUUGGGUAAACUAACCCUUUAAGACAUAAAGAUUCAUAAGAUGAUUCACUGAUGUCCUCUUCUGGAACAGUGUGCUUUGCAAUUGCCAUUUAAAAUGAAUAGUUUAUACAUAAAAAAUAUUAUAUUCUAAAUUUGAUACUUAUGCAACUUGUUAGGGUUAGGAAAUAUAAUCUAAAAACAACUGUUUAAAAUGCAAAAUAAAGUUAAUUUCAAACAUUAAAAUAUUGAAAGGUAAAGAAAC